CCAACCGCCAUAAAACUCCACAAGAAGAAGAAGAAGAACAAUCCACUAGGAUAAUAUAAACGUUUGUUUAAAUGUUUACAGAUAUAAACGACUCUCUCCUAUUGAGUCUAACUUGGGGCCUCGGCAGUGCCACUAAAUUAAGAGCUGCGUUUUCCAACAACGGGGUCUUGAGUUGGAGCUGGUUAGCCAGCUAGCUUGAAGGCUAAUCAAAGCUACUGAAACUUUUCAGCGGCAGCAAGACAACAAUGGAUGCGGACGUUUUCCCUGGCUUCUCCAAAGAUUCUUCUCCCUGAAGGAUGAGUUCAGAAGACAUCUUGAUCAGAUAUCUGCUUCACCUCAGCUGAGUUGUUCUCAGUGGGAGAGGAACAGCAACUCGACUCAAGAUGAUGCACUACCUCUGGCAUCGCUGCGUCUCCUGGUGCCCCCUCUGCAACUCAUGGCAGCCUCUAUGUGUCAGGUGUUGAGGAAACAAGACGCGAUGAACUACUGGAAGGUGUCAGACUUUGUGUCGCUGGUGGUGGACAUGGUCCCAGAGCUGCUGAUGUACAAGCAUAGGACUCAGCUGAAUUUAGGAUUAAGAGUGAGGUAUAUUAUUGAGUUAUGCCGAAAUGAGCACCCCAGUGAGAUGAUCCUGCCUUACCUGGAAAAGAUGACAUCACCGCAUCCCACUCUGGUAAGAGAAUCAGAUGGUGAGUUGGUAGAAAUGAACUUUCUUCAGUUGAUUAAAAUUCUUCUCAAUGAUCCUGUGGAAAGAAAGGACUUUUUUACGGAGAUCUUCCCUGCAGAGUAUGGCCCUCAGUAUGACAGUGACUUGCAGACACUGUUUGCAGAGUUUCUCUGCCGACUGUCUCAGCUGUUGCCAGUUCCUGACCUGGAGCAGACUGUUUCCUGGCUUGGAGCCGAGUCUUCCCUGUUGGAGGACUGUUUGCAGACGAUCUCUGAGCCCACGGACCUGAAAAAUCUGCUGCAGCACCACAAGAGCAUUGGGCAUUUAGACCAACAUGUUCCACCUGCUAGUAUGGGCGACAGCAUCCUUUCCUCCCUUUCUGCCCUUCCCCUGCAGAGAUUGGCAGAACCUGUUGGGCGACCUGACCAGUUGGAUCCGCGGCGAGACCUCCAUGUUGAAACACGAGCUGCUGCGGAAGUAGUGGAAAUAGUUACCGAUUACUCAGUAGUCGAAGUAGAUGUGAGCACUGGCGUUGAAGUGGUGAUGGAAGAAAACAGCUUUGGAGAAAAGGAAGCCAUGGUAGUUGAACAUCCUGGGGUCAGCUUUUUGGAGAAGUUGUGUGAAGAGGAGCCAGAAAGAGAAGCAACAGAGCUUCCAUCCUCCUCUCAACCUAAAGCUGCUACAGGGCCACAUGACUGCCCCCACUGUGAGAAGCAAUUUAAAUUUGCCUCGUCACUGCUGGCACACGGCGUCAUCCACACGGGAGAACGCCCUCACCGGUGCGCUGACUGCGGCCGCCGCUUCUCCUUUAGGCAGUCCCUUGACCGGCACAGGCGCACGCAUAAAAAGGGCCACGCAUAUGACGGCGUCAUCUGUGAGGAGACUUCUCGGUCCUUAACCGCCCUCACGCAGCACGAGCAGUCGCACACGGAAGAUGGAGCAUACUCGUGCCAUCUCUGCAGCAUGAACUUUAGCUGGAAGUCGGCCCUCGCAAAGCACUUCAAGACUCACACUGACUACUGCGACUCGGACCGGCUCAAAGAACGCUCCGAGGGCACACAAGAGACUGAAAAAGUUCUGGAUGUCCACAAAGCUAGUGCUGGACCCAGAGAGCCAGACUGUCCUGUGGAAGCUGUGGAUCAGCAUCCGAUGGAGUGGAAGUGCCAGAGUGUUGAAACCCCCUCCUCUGAAUGCGUGCAAGACAACGGUAUCAAACCACCAAAGGUCCGCACAAGUGGACGCAAACGUACACCCACCAUGAAGAUCCAGGCAACACGUUUACAGGAGCAUGUAGCGCCUAAUCAAAGGAGCGAGUCCAAUAGGGCGAACCCCUCUGCGCUGAGACCUUUACCCGUCAUUAGUUUGGAGCACUCCUAUGGAUCGCCUUUGGUCUCGGAGCAAGGAGAUGAAAGUUCUCCAGCAGAUCCCUCAGUGGUUGCUUUCUCCUGCCCUCAGUGCUCCUUCCAGCACUCAGAGGAAGGGCAAGUGUUGCAGCACAUUGACAAUGUUCACCCCACCAGUCCCAAAGCUCAACACGGACACUGGAGCUGUGCAGACUGUGGGAAGGUCUUCAGGUUCCAUUCCUUACUUAAGGCCCACCAGCGCGUGCACACGGGCGAGCGGCCGUUUUCGUGUUCCCAGUGCGGAAGGCAAUUCUCCUUCAAACAGUCGCUGGAGAGGCACAAGCAGACCCACUUGUCUAAGGACAAGUUCCCCUGCCCCAUCUGUGGGGUGCUCUUCAAGUCGGCAGCAGAUCACACGAGGCACCAGAGCGUUCACUCAGAGGACGGGGACUACCAGUGCUCAGAGUGCGGUCAGACAUUCAGCCGGAAGGCUUUGUUUGUGAAGCACCUUAAGAGCCAUGGAGUGGAUGCUGCCAAGGUGGAUGAUGCAUACAAGUGCUCUCGCUGCGACCUGGCUUUUAGCUGCGAGAGACGCCUGAACAAGCACGUCCUUACCCACAAGGACGACGGACUUCACAGCUGUAACUGUGGGAAGAGCUUUCCUUACCGGGCGGCUCUCACCGCUCACCAAAGAACACACCAGAGGGAGAGGACGCACAUAUGCACGCAGUGCGGGAAGGGUUUCCUCUACAAGGGCGGCCUGCUGAGCCACAUGAAGGUCCACUCUGAGGAGAUGCCCUUCAUGUGCUCGUUCUGCGGCAAGAGCUUCAAGAGGGAGCGCAACAUGAAGAAGCACGAGCGCUGUCACACCAGGGAGAACGUCUUCAGCUGCUCGCAGUGUGACAAGAGCUUCGUGUACAAGGCCACCUUGAUUAGACACGAGCUGACGCACUCGGGCGAGAGGCCGUACCUUUGCUCCGACUGUGGCAAGGGCUUCUUCUCCCACGCAGAGCUCUUAAAGCACGAGCGCUUCCACACGGGCCACAAGCCCUUCCAGUGUCCUCACUGUGGCAAGAAGUUCACCCAGUCCUGCUACCUGACCAUCCAUCUGCGCUACCACACGGGGGCUCGGCCGUACGCCUGCUCCGAGUGCGACAAGAGCUUCCUCAGCGCCAAUCGGCUGAAGAGACACCAGCAGACGCAUUCCGGGGAAAAACCCUAUCUGUGUUUAGAGUGCGGGAAAGGAUUCAGGCAGUCCUAUCAUCUGAAAACACAUCUACAAACUCAUCUGUCAUAAAUAACUCAAUUGGUGAUUUAGAUAGCAAAUACAGAAGCAUGCAAUGGUAAAUGUGUGUAAAAAGCAUUGAAAAUAAACGGUUUAUUGCGCUACUAGAGAGAUAA